GUUUGUGGUUCUAACGCUGUCUUUUAAACGGUGGCUGUGUCUCUCUGUCGGGCAGUGGAUUAUGUGGAGGCGUGUGCGUGACAGCAAACUUCACAUCUCACGUUUCGGGCUUUGAAUGCUUACAGAACAGCCUUUUGGAAAUUCAAUCUAAACUUUUUGAGAAGAUGGAUAACAAGGAGGAAUCAAACAGUUGUCCCUUCAGCGUCUUGACUUGGGAGCAGGUGAGCCGGCUCAAUGAAGUUCUGACUGAGGUCGUGCCCGUUCAUGGACGGGGGAACUUUCCUACUUUGGAGGUGCAGCUGAAUGAUAUUGUGGCUCGGGUGCGCUCCCGCCUUGAGCUCAGCGGCAUUAAGGUGAAGGACGUACGGCUUAAUGGCUCCACAGCCAGCCACGUGCUGGUGCAAGAUAUUGGCUGGAGCUACAAGGACCUGGACGUCAUCUUCAGGGUGGACUUGCCACGUGAGGCUGAGUUCAAGCUCAUCAAGGAUGUUGUGCUCAGUACCCUGCUGGACUUUCUGCCUGAGGGUGUGAACAAAGAGAAAAUUACACCGAUGACCCUCAAAGAGGCCUACGUGCAGAAGCUAGUCAAAGUGAACACAGAGCAGGACCGCUGGAGCCUCAUCUCCCUCUCCAACAAUAAUGGCCGUAACGUGGAGCUGAAGUUUGUGGACUCAAUACGUCGGCAGUUUGAGUUCAGUGUGGACUCUUUUCAGAUUGUGCUGGACUCCAUGCUCUCCUUCUAUGAGGUGGAGCAGGCACCCAUGUCAGAGGCCUUUCACCCCACUGUUGGCGGGGAAAGCAUGUAUGGAGACUUCAACACUGCGCUGAGCCACCUGCGAAACAAGCUCAUUGCCACCAAGCGGCCUGAGGAGAUCCGAGGCGGUGGCCUGCUGAAGUACUGCAACCUGCUGGUGAGGGACUUCCAGCCUGCCAGCGAGGAGGAAUUCAAGGGCCUGGAGCGAUAUAUGUGCUCACGCUUCUUCAUUGACUUUCCUGACAUAGGAGAGCAGCAGCGUAAGGUGGAAUCCUACCUCCAGAGCCACUUUGUUGGCGAGGAGAAGAGCAAAUACGACUACCUCAUGAUUCUCCGGCGAGUGGUUAACGAGAGCACGGUGUGCCUCAUGGGUCACGAGCGGCGGCAGACCCUUCACCUCAUCUCGCUGAUGGCCUUCCGAGUCCUGGCGGAGCAGAACGCGAUCCCCGACGCGUCCUGCGUCACCUGCUAUUACCAGCCAGCGCCUUAUGUCCGGGACCACAACUUCAGCAACUACUAUGUGGCCAACCAGAACAUUCCAACAUGGCUGCCGUGUAACUGACGAGACAAACGACUUGGGAUGAGCAAGAUGGCGUCGCUGCUGCUUUUGAGAAGAGAAGGAAUGAAAUUAAGAAAAAAAAAAAAAAACAUAAAAAAAUGUUUGGCAAUAAAUAAUUUGUUCCUCUCAAGGCACAAUUAUAUUUAAUUGGACGAGCGUUUUGCUUUUGUUUUCUCAUUCCUUUACCGACAGAAGUGUCUAGGUCAUUGAAUAGAAAGUGAUAUUUUUAAGUGUUUUGAUUUUGUUUUUUCUUUUUCUCUCAUGUUUGGUUGUUUCACUGUUUAUCAAUCCCAUUCUUAAUGGAGUUGCAUUUUGUGCCUUAACCUCCAGGUUUACCCCAUCAGUAAUUUAAGUAUGGGCUGUGAUUUGGAGAAAGGAAAGAGGAGCUAAUGCCGUAGCCUUACAUUUGGUUUUCAUCUUGAUUUAAAAAGAAAAAGGUUGGAAAAAAAGUUGAUAAAAAAUGCAUAAAAUAUUGAAAAAUAGUAUUAUUGUAUUAUUGGGGAAAAAGUAACAAUGGGUGACUGCCAAAAAAAAAAAAGGGGGGGGGAGAGAGAAAGCUCAUCACCGGUGUUAAAGUUUACUGUGGAGGGAGAAAAGGUGGUACACUAAUAUCCUGUCAGAAAUCAGCGGGAAGCGAGGAGUCGAUUUGUUUUAAUUCAUUUUGACAUGUAAAUAUUUCUGAGACAUCUGUGCCAGCGGUGCCUGUGAUUUGUAAAUGAUGCAAAAGAGAAAAAAAAAAAUAGAAGUAUUUUUUUAUUUUUCCACUGUGAAUUUCAACAUAAGAUUGGCUCCCCUCCCUCCCCCUUGUUUCCUCAGCCUUGUACCUUUCAGUCAAGACUGGCUUCGAGUGGAACUCUCAGACAGCGUAGGCCUCAAAUACAUGACCUCACUACUUUCCCUGUCUUUUAAGUCCAAAAGCCUUGCCAUUGACCUCAGCAUGCCACGGCCCCUGGGUUAUUGUGGGAGGCAAAUGGACAGGACUGAGCCUGGUGGGGGGGGUUUAGAGAAUGUGCUUGGCUGGGAGUCCCGGAUUGACAGGCUAGUUGUCUCUUCCCUUAAAAGGAGCAGCACAUGGAGGGGCCCGAAGGGUUGUCCCUCACAGCUACUGCAUGCUCGACAGCAGCCCUGAAAUGGGAGCCACCUCUGACGCAGCUCGGUGCCUCUCCAAUUACUCUUAGUCUAUAAUUAUCAUCCUUCUCUUUUUUUGUCCUGGGGUUAGCUACCUUUGAAGCAGGGAGCUGGAGCCUGGUUGUGUGAUCUGCAGCAGCCCUACCACCUUACAUAUCUGGCAGCUGAAUCACUUCCUGUCCUCAUCUGUUGCCUGAUGGGACACGGAGCGUUUUGAACCCCUUUUGUGGUCAUGGGGAGGGCAGACAACAUGCCUGCUAGUGGGAUACCAUUCCCCCUUUCAGACCUGGAAUUUCAUCAGUGUGGAAGCUACGACCAAAACGGCAGCAGAGAUGAAGUCGCCGCUCCAAACCUAUGAAUUUCUAUUUGUAGCCAAGCCUAAUAUUAGCUGUUAAUUUCUGAACACCUGAACACACUGAUGACCUAAGCUGGAAGUAUUUCUGGCCACCACUGCUCCUGUUGGUUUUCCUGACAUCACAGCAGCCAAGUUUGAGAGGAUUUCCUCAUGAAUUUGUUCCCCCAAAUGCACUGAGUUUCUCAGAAGUUCGGCUCCCUGUAUUGCUGCUGCUGAUCUCACUGUGGCUUGUGUUGGUACGAGAUAACCACAGACUUAUCUGGUUGGCUCAUAAUGUCGGGGUUGAUAGAACAAUUGAGGGAGAUCAGUUUGGUCUGGCUGCAGGUCACAUUUGAGGGGCAGGUUGUGCCGUGUCAGCUUAGCUGCAGCGUGUUUUUGUUUUUGUUUUUUUUUAAACUUCUUUUAAGAACAUGCUCUUGGACCAAAAGUCUGCUUUACAACCAGCAACUGAAGCACUCAAGUGCCUGUCACUUUGUGGAGAGUUGAUCUUUUUAAAAGGUUUUUUAAUGGUGGUCAUAAAGGGGGAAAGGUUAGCAAAAGUUUUCUUUCAGCCUGUGAAGCUUUGAUAUAAAACUGUCUGUAUUAGAUAAAAGUUUAUAAGGUGAAUGUGCAUAUUUUUGGUUGAGGAGCAAAGUAAUUUUGUUUUGACUUUAAAAUUUGAGGGAUUUUUUUUUUCCUAUUAAGAUUAUUUUUCUUUAACAUUAGUUUGUCCCAAACCUUAUUUUGUCUUUAAAAUCUGCAGUCAUUCCCAUGACAGCCAUCUGAGCCUCUUGAUCUUAGUUUUUUUUUUUUUUUUUUUUUUUUUUUUGUUAUAAGUUUGGGCCGUCAUGUCGCUGUAGUCAUGUUGACCUCUGUCUUGCCCAAAUGCAUUCUGUAAUCUGACAUUUUGAGAUUUUUUUUUUUUUUUUUUUUUCCUAACAGGUGCUGUAUAUUUACACCUUUCAACUGAAUAAUCUUUCCAGCAUUUGCCUAGGACUGUAUUCUCUAAAACAGCUGGGCUAAUUCAGUUUGUCUGACUGUUCUGUUCCCCAUCCGAAGCACGAAAUACUUAAAGUGCACUGACGAUCUGUACGGUGGCACAGUAGCUGGAGGUCACAGAGUAAAGACCCCCUCCCACACUGGUGGAACACUUUAAAGAGGCCUUGGUCAGUUGCUGUGUGAGCCGUGCUGGUCCUCAGGGACUGCAUGUUUUUGAAGACAGUUUUGUCCCCUUCAUAUUUUGUUUUUCUUUUAAAUUUAUGAGAGCAAAUUGGUUUAAUCUGCCCUUGAUCCUGAGAUGCCCCCUCCCACCUCUCUUCAUUUUUCGUCUUUCCUUUGUUGUAAUCCUGACUCUCCCUCUGCUCACCCUUACUACAGGCUCUUCCUAGAUAAGGUGGAGGUAGGCUGCAGACUUCAGCUCGUUACACCCCGACAGCAGCCCUGCUUUUUAUCUUUACACCCAUUCGCUCCAAAAUGUUAUCGUUACUCAGAGGCUCUCCUAGGUUUGUGCCAAAAGCUGUAUUUUUAGUGGUGUUCUCCUAACCCUGAGACGUCGUCUCUGAAAGCUCGGUGACAGAACAUUGACUCUCAGGCUAAAAUCCUUUUUUUCCUAGUGGAUUAUGGUCUUUGAAGUAAUGAUGAGGCUUGGAGCAACAUGCAGAGCCAGCUGCUGCUCACAGUUGGAGUUUGAAGCCUGCUGUGGUGAAAACCAGCCUCUUCUUAGGCUUUUUGUUGAUGUCGCUCACCAACAGCUGUUAAGAGCGAGGUCAAAGAGACUGCGAGCAAAUUUGCAUUUUCCUAGAAAGUUGAUAGCAGUCUGGAAUACUAGUCCAGUGCCCUUUUUUUUUUUUUUUUUUUUUUUUUUUUUUUUUUUCCCCCCCCAAUCCUCCUUUGCCCCACCCUGCUUUCACAUGUUUACGGUUAUUGUGGCUUUCUCUGAUGACUAUGCCCGAGCUUUUGCGGGGCUUGUGUCUAACCCUUUCCUUUACUGGGCUGACGUAUGUCUGAACUCUCUGUGAAUGGAAAGGGAAUAUUGUAGUUUGCAUUUAUUUUCUGGCCACUUUUUUCUGCUGUAAACUUGCCAGUGUUUCUUUCACACCACCUUGAGUUGGCUCACAUGUUUGGGCUGCUGUUAAUUGGUACAGCGUUUUUCUUUUUCCCCCCCUUAUGACACCUGUAGCUGUAUCCUUUGCUAGAGGGGAGAUGCAGAUGAGAUAUUUAGUGGUUAUACUUGUAUAAAGUGCAAGUCUUAUGCCAUAGGAAUGUGAUAGAAGCUGUCCUACAGUUUCUGUAUGACGAUGAUUUAUUUUGUUUGCAGCAGAAACAGAUGUGUGUUUACGUUAACAUGUGGUGGAGCGUGUUUGUUUGCGCCUGUGUGAAGGGAUGCCUGUGGUAACACAAGUUGAAUGGGGGGGGGAAAAAAAGUGGGGAAAAUAUGAACUUUGUCGCACUAUAUAUAUAUUUUUGGAAAUAGUUAAUGCAGAAGAGCUUUUGUCAGCUUCGUGAUUGUGACUUUGAUGGUUACAACCAUUAAACUAUUUCAUUUUUCAGCACUUUUACCUCACUAGAGUUUUUUUUUCUCCUUUGAAUGGAAAUGUACAUGUACAUCAGGAAAAUGUGUUUGAAGAAGAAAUAAUGAAUAAAGAGUAUUCAAUGCAA